CGCGCGUCCCCCAUUGGCUGCGGCGCGGGGCCGGUUUCCCGCGCGCGCGCCGCGGCAGCAUGGCCGGCGAGCGGGCGGCGGGACUGGUGCGGGAGCUGCACAGCGCCGCCGGCGGGCACCUGCCGCCCUUCCGGGCGGAGGAGCUGCGGCAGGCGCUGGAGGAGAUGCGGGUGCUGUACGAGCGGAACCAGGCGGACGUGUCCGAGGCGAAGUCGGGGCGCACGGACCUCAUCUUCCUCAUCCGGUUUCGCCACUGCUGCCUGCUCCGAAACCAGCGCUGCGUCGUGGCUUACCUGUAUGACCGGCUGCUGCGGAUCCGAGCUCUCAGGUGGGAGUACGGCAGCGUCCUGCCGAAUGCCAUCCAGUUUCACAUGUCAGCUGAGGAAAUGGAGUGGUUCAGUCGCUACAAAAAAUCUCUGGCCACCUACAUGAGGUCAGUAGGCGGAGAGGAGGGGCUGGACCUUACACAGGACAUAAAACCUCCUAAAAGCCUGUACAUCGAAGUGCGGUGUUUAAAAGACUACGGCGAAUUUGAGAUUGAUGAUGGUACCACCGUCCUGUUGAAGAAGAACAGCCAGCACUUUCUACCCCGCUGGAAAUGCGAGCAGUUAAUCAGACAAGGAGUCCUGGAGCACGUCCUGUCGUAAGCGUUUGGGACCGGAGGGACAGCUCAUCCCUGGCGGCCUGUCCCCAGCAGGGAUCGAGCGCUGCCGCGGACAGUACUUCAGCCACGUCAGCGCUCCUGCCCAGAGUGCCCUGUAGCUCCUCUUAACAGCCUUUCAUACCCGACACGAAGAUCAGCUCAGAGUUUAUAAAGUAUGCAAGCCACAUUGGCCAGCCCUUCAUGACCGAAGCGGGCACGCUGUUAACACAGCACGGGGCGGGGGGGUGUUAUCCAGGCCCUGCAGCUACAAAUGGGUUUUGAGGGUGCAUUUUUGUUUGAAGCAAUGCUUUAUUCACGCUGUGCAUCUGUGAGUAAGAGACCAGCUGGGCUCUGGAAGCUGGGGAACUCCACGGUUGUGAAAUAAAGAACUGCUUCAGCCUUCA